ACGCCUUGUCCAAUGUUUAUAUCAUCAUUCAAAAUUUUGUGUUGACAUAAAGAAAGGUGGAGUCAAAAUUACGCAAACUGCUUCAGAAGAUAACGAUAAUGGAGGGCAUUUACUUCUCCAUGUCAAAAAUUGUCAAUAAAAUCACCGUCCCAGUACGUAAAGAAAAGAAAUCCAAGUCUAUUCCAAAUCUGUUAAAACCGCCAGUAGAUGGGAGUGGUACAUUCCAAAAUCGACGAAAAUCAGCGUCAGGUACUACAGCAGGAAAAAUGGAGAAGGAAACACUUAAAAUUGAUGGUCGUGACCAAAAUCUCCAAAGUUCUAGUCUCGUACAUCCACAUAACGUUCAGAUAGAAAGAGCAAUUUCAAGUGAUGCAUCUUUUAAUAGAGAUCCUUUAUAUGAAAAUGACCUCCCAAGAAUCAAAGAUGGGGGUACACAUAAGAAAAAGAAAAAAGUCCCACCUAAAAGACCCCCACCCCCAAAGUUCAGUGGAGGUCAAUACCAAGUAUACGCCAAUCUUUUUAGAUCUCGUAGUGAUUCCGAAGUAACAGGGUCUGUGUAUGCUAAUUAUCAAAAUAACGGUGAAAGUGAAAAAUUAGAGGACUUGUUCCUAUAUGAAAAUGACAUUAGUAAUGCAAAUAGGAGUGGUAGUGAUAAAGAUUUGGACUUGUAUGAAAAUGAACCUUAUAAAACAGAAGAACAAUCUGGGGAAGACUGGUAUAUUUUCAUGGCUAAUGAGAUAAAAGUUGAUGAAAGUGAGUAUGUAGUGAUGUCUCCGGAUCGAAGCAUGACAUUUUAAAUUCACUAAUGGUCUUAAAGUGAUAAAAUCUUUUGUACAAUAUUGUUAGCUGACAUUUUAAAAUUGCAAAUGGUCUUAAAUUGAUAAAAUCUCUUGUAAAAUUGUUAUAAUUGGACAUUUAUUGUUUUUUAAAAUAGAUUUUUAUUGUGGAUUUCUUUUACUUGGUGUUAUAUUUGUUUACAGGAUGUUUAAGUAUUUUCAUCCUUUGAAAUUGUUAUC